UGGUAGUCUUACAAGAGAGAUAAGACAACCUAAUCAGAGAGAGAUGGGGAGGUCGCCUUGUUGCGACGAGAAUGGUCUAAAGAAAGGACCAUGGACUCCUGAAGAAGAUCAAAAGCUUAUUGAUUACAUUCAUAAACAUGGUCAUGGAAGCUGGAGAGCCCUCCCCAAGCUCGCAGAUUUGAAUAGAUGGUCAGCUAUUGCCACGCAUUUGCAAGGUCGUACAGAUAAUGAGAUCAAAAACUUUUGGAACACACAUCUAAAGAAGAAAUUGAUCCAGAUGGGGAUCGAUCCAGUGACUCAUCAGCCAAGAACCGACCUCUUCGCAAGCUUACCUCAGCUCAUAGCCUUGGCAAAUCUAAAAGACCUGAUCGAACAAACAUCACAAUUUUCAUCCAUUCAAGCGGAAGCAGCCCAACUAGCCAAGCUACAAUAUCUCCAAUGUAUGCUUAAUUCUUCGGCUUCAUUAACCAACAACAACAGCAACAACAAUAGCCCGAGUAGUAUUCUCGAUAUCGAUCAGAACCAUGCCAUGAACCUCUUAAACUCCAUGGUCUCUUGGAACAAAGAUCAAAACCCGACUUUUGAUCCGGUUCUUGAACUCGAGGAUAACAAUCAAAAUCAAGAUUUAUUUCCACUAGGGUCUAUCAUUGAUCCAACCACCCAACCACUCCAACAACCAAAAUACCAUUUAAACAAUAGUCCUAGUCCUAGGGAGCUACCAUCACAAGGUGACCCACUUCUUGAUCAUGUCCCUUUCAGUCUCCAAACACCUUUGAAUAGUGAGGAUCACUUUAUAGAUAAUUUGGUCAAACAUCCAACUGAUCAUGAGCAUGAACAUGAUGAUAAUCCAUCUUCAUGGGUUCUCCCUUCUCUUAUAGACAACAACCCUAAAAAUGUCACGUCUUCUCUUCCACACAACAAUCCGGCCGAUGCAAGUAGCAGCUCAAGCUAUGGAGGUUGUGACGCUGCGUCAUUUUAUUGGCCUGACUUUUGCUUCGACGAAAGCCUCAUGAACGUUAUUUCUUAGUUACUCUUGGUUUAGUGUUUUUUUUUAGAUCUCUAUUAUUAGAGCUCUAACCAUACCCACGUGUAGUCGAGUAUACGUUUCGUCAAGGUGAGUUAUUUUUGUAUACUUUUUUUACUUUUUAUUUGUAAGUAGAAGGUGUGAUCCGUUUGUCCCUUUAUGUUUUGAGUUUUAUGUAAUUAGACAGGAGUCACAUGUAUAUGCUACAAGUAUGGGUGUACGUAUUUUUUAAAUAUAGAAUGUUUCAUUAC